UUGAUUUAAAAGGAAGAAAUAUGUAUCCAAACUCAAAUAACCAAGUAAACUUUGGGAUGGGAGAUAAGAUGCCUCAGCAGCCUCCUUCUGUUUACUUUGCAUACCCAAUCCCGAUCGAUCAAUUUACUAACUUUCAAAAUCAAAUGGGACCUUAUAAUAUUUUGCCAGUUCAAUUAUCAGGGAUGCCUGGCCAAAUGAUUCAGUUUCCUCAGCAUUCUUUGCACCCUUCUCCCAUAGGGCCAGGAUUUCCACAACAAUUUGCAAGCUUUCCACAACAGCUUCCGAUGUCAGAAGGGACACCUCAGAUUGCCCCUCCCACUCCACAGGAUCAAGAGGGUCCUAUUGUACAGGACAGUCAACCUCAAAAAUUUAAUCAGCUAAAAGAAGAUGGUAGUAUAAAUAACACAGAAAAUAAUUCAGGAGCACUUUCCAUCGAACCCCCUCGCGAACGCUGGAAAAGGAAAGAUGACAAGGAAAUGUUUGCCUUCUUGAGAGAUUACUGUAUGAAGACUGGAGAUACUAUAGACAAUAUUUCUCAGAGACUCCAAAACUCCAAGGACAAGGAUCAUGGAUUCUGGGUUUACAUUUCAAAUUCGAUUAAAUGGAAAGGACCCCUGUUCAUGCUCCAGAAGAGAUUUCAGAAGCUUUGUAGCACGAAGGGCCUCUCCAUUCGUGAAAAGAUUCUAUUAAGAAAGUUAUACGAUAUGAAGAAGAAAUCAAAGGAAGAGGUUACUCUUGAUUCAAUAUUAUACCAUUUUCCUGGGAGAACUUUGGAAGACCUUCAAAUUGAGAACUUAGACGAUGAGAUCAAUGGGUACUUUGCCAUGUUCAAGAAUCCAAACCAUUAUCAUAUGACCAAAUAUAAAGACAAUAUUUUAUUCAAGAUAGAUAAGGUAUCGAAGAAUCAAAAGAAAAAGGACAAAAAUUUAAAAAUCAAAAUAGACCUCACAAAAGUUAGUGCGGAGGUAGUAAAGAAAGAAACUCAAGGUAGUACUGUAGAUGACUCUAAGGAAAAUGAAGUUAUUAUUGACUAA